UUUCAAGCUGUGAUUGAUCUGUAGAGGCCACUCCAAUGCUGCUUCCAGAUAGUUGAAAGUCUGAGUUCGCUGAAGAAUCUGAAUUAUGAUCAACACUAUGGAGUGCGCCGUUGACGCGCAGAGCUUGAUCUCGAUCUCCCUCAUGAAGAUCCACAACUCCAGGACUCAGAGAGGCGGCAUCAAGCUGCACAAAAACCUGCUGGUCUCCUACGUGCUGAGGAACGCCAGGCAGCUUUACAUCAAGGAGAAAUACGCCGAGAUCUACAGGAUGCAGCAAUAUGAGGAGGUGAUGACAGUCUGCAACGAGAUCCAGGAGUUGAAUCCGUUGGAUGUGGACCCGGAGGACGCCGAGAAUGAGGAGCAGACGCGGGCUUCUUGCUGCGGGGAAGAGACGUCUUUCCACGGCCGUUCGGCGAGCGUGCACUCCGGUUGCAAAGAACCGGAGCAGUCUUACUACACAAGCUGCUGCAUGGAGGUCUCCAACGUGUCGCACUGCGAACAGCUGGCGGCGAACAACAACAGGCACUGCAACAAAACCACCGUGCUGGACUUGGACACGCACGUAGUGACCACGGUGGAGAACGGUUACCUCCACCAGGACUGCUGCUGCGACGCGCUGCAAGCCGCCCAGGGCACGCAGUCCCCCGGCAAGAAACGAAAGGUUGACCCUGGCUGCUGCGUGUGCGACGCGGGCGACGUAUCGGAUUUUUCCGUCUCGCGUAAACGGGAAAAACGCGAAGAGUACACGUACUGUAACCUGGACUACACGGACACCUCACACAUCUCCAACUUGAUUUCCAUCUUCGGCUCGGGGUUUACGGGGCUGCUGAGCAGGCAGGCAGACUUGGAGCAGAUCUGUAGCAAACAGGCACUAGCCAGUGUGGGAGCCUGGACCCGGGCCAUUGUGGCAUUUUGAGUCAAACACUUUAAGGGGAGAUCUGGCUCAACUGUAACAUGUUUCCCCACACAUCACUGACGGAGAAAUACGCUUUACUCGUGUAUUUAUUUGGCAACAUUGGAAGGUCCCAAAUGUGAUGUUCCCUCAGGAGUUGUGCGAACAAAAACACACGCAGGGUGGUUCUACAAAUGUUCUGUAGAUGGAGACAUUUGAACAGGACAGGAAUGUGUGAAUGUUCACUGACAUCAUUGUGAUGGAAAGUGGUCUGGAACAUUCAACAGGUAAAUCAGCAGGAAAGUGGAAAUGUUCUCUGAAGGUCGUGGAGCUCCAUGGGAACCACACUGCAUCGGCCAAGUCGUGUUCUGUAUGUUGUUAGGACUCCGCGACAUAGGAUAUGCUUGAUGCAAUAUGCCGUGUGUAUCACCAAAACAUGUACGUUUUGACAUGUUAGUUAACAGAAGGUACACAGUUGGUUCAAACUGGCAGGCUGAUCCAAACUUGGAUCCAUUUCAUCCACAAGGAACAGGUGUGAACAACCGCCAGGCACGUGCACAGAGAUUUUUUGGGGUAGGUGCUCCAGCCCAAAACAAAAACACCACCCAUUUUAUUUAAACAGUUGAGAAAAAUACGCUCAUAAAAAGAAUUCAUUAGCGUUUACUUGAUUCACAUAUAUGCAUUGGUUGCACAUGAUUAAAAUGCGCUAAACAUAUUACUUCAUUAUUUACUGGGAAAAGAGGGGUGGGGGGUGACUGGUUUGCCACAUUUAAUGAUGUGCGAAAGCAAAAUCAGUACUUUUUUUGUCAUUUUUUCUGUUUUAUGUAUUAUGUAUUUAUUCCUAUUACCACAAUCAACAGAGGCAAUAAUAAAAAUGUGAACAAAGGAAUUGAAAGGGAGGUACAGUGGACAUAAAAAAAAAGUUGACACAACCCAGUUCAAACGGCAGGUUUUCCUGAUAUACAAAAAUAAAACCAAGAUAAAUCAUUUGAAAACUUUUUUCAUCCUGCCAAGAAUUCAAAUACUGUAAAUGCCCAUCAGAUAUCAAAACACUUUGGGUGGAAUUGAUGAUGCAAAGGUUUCAACGUUGAUGUGUAAAGCAACAAAUGGGCUCCAGCUGAAAGGUGGGUGCUCGAGCACCAUUUUAGCGCUAUGUGUGUGCGUGCCUGACAACCACCAUUGAUAACCCAUGUGCACCAAAUACAGCAGUAUAUUUACGACCUCAGUGUAGUGAAUACAAGCAAUGAAGGGAUGAAUAAUUAUACCUCAUUUUCAUCAAUGGUGUAUACCGAAUGACAUCACUGGCACUUUUCCGAUUGCCUGGUCACGGAGCUCAUUUUCCGCUACAAUGUCAGAGUGGGAAGGACUUUAUUUUUGCUGGAAACAGAUAUUUAAACACUGAGAAACGUAUGAGUAUUGGAGUCAUGUCAUAUACAGUAGAACGUGCGGGCAUUCACAUCUUCACAGUGGGAGAUUCGUGCACAUCGUCUGAUGGUGGACUGACUUCUGUUGCCUUAAAAAAAAACUAGCCAGUUCAAUGAAAGUGACUGAAUGUCUGCUGCUUUCUCUUUUCGCUUACACGCUUUAAAAAAAAGAAAAUGGACCUUGCACAUUCUGAGCAGUUGAAUCAUCUUGUGGAACAUCACACUUUCAACUCUUCCUGAGGUACUCAUUGACUGGGAUCUGGCUCCAAUUAUUCAGCGGAGUGCCAACAAUCAAAUCCUGAUAGGAAACAGUUACACCUAUUUUAAGCAUUCAAGGUCAUACAUGAUUCCGAAAUGUCUUGGGUUAGUGCAGUUUACGUUGUUUUGUAAAGGAAUAAUGUUAAUCCUUUUGUUUUAAAAAGGCAAACGCAUUAUUCAGCCAUAACCUGCAAAUUCAUUCAUUAGCUUUAUGAGCACUAUGUGUACCAAAAUAAGAGAGUAUUCUGCCAUUCUCUACAUAUUUUGUUGCUAUUCUUGUAUUUUUGUGCUUAAAAAUUGCAUAUUGCCGGGUAAAACUG